GAGACAUGGGGCCCAGGGUCUGGAAUGGAGACCCAGCUGGUCUCAGUGUGGCCCUGAGUUCCCUACCAAGUUUUUUGUUUUUCCCUGGGUCUGGCGGCAAACCAAGCCAGUAAGGGAACAAAAAAGCCGAGGCAGUGAGAAGCUGAGCCAGGCCCUGCACAGGCGCUGGACCCCUGGGUAGCCACACGAUGUGCUGCCUGAUGGCGCCCCAUGAAGACGCAGCGUGUGCGAUAGCAUCAGCAUGCGUCAGCGCUCCACACUGAGAACCAACGGAAACACCAGCCUUUCCGGAGCACCCAGCUCAAAAGACUGGAUGUUAAUUGUAGCUAAAGCCCUGCCCAUUACUGCGGGAGGAAGUGCACAUUCAGGAUCACUUCCAAAGCAGUCGAUGGUUCCAGAACGUUCACCAGGAGCUGAGUGUCUUGUGUGCCUCACCAAGUCUCCGUAAAAUGGAACAAACAGCCCCUCUGCUGGGAGGCCUGAACAUUGGCCCACUCCUCUCCCUCCUUCUCAGGGUGCACUGCCCAGGGCCUUGCCAUUCUACUCCCACGCAAAUUUACAUCCAAAACAUGUCUGCACAGCACCUGUCCAAGAAGGACUGGAGACACCCCACUCUGUCUGCCGUUCUUUCCACUUGGUGGGGAAAUUCUGUCCCUCACCUGGGGAAAGCCCUUUGCAUCGCUGAUGUGUCCCUUCCUCGGUUUUCAGUGCAUGAGUCUGCUCCAGGCCAGGCUGCUGGGUGCAGACGAACGCUCCCAGCCUCCACAGAACACUCAGUGAGCAAGAAGGAAAGAAGUAUGGAGAGAUGGACAGCUACCACUCAGUGAGACUGGCUGGGAAGAGUGUGGAGAUGAGGCCAGGGAGGGACACAGUCAGAACGAGAGCUCCAGGCAGGAUCAGCGUGUGAGAGCCGACAGUGAGAGAGUGGCUCAUGGAGGGGCCGGCUGACAUGGGGCAGAGGGGGCUUGGCCUGAAGGCAGGCAUGCUGGGUGCCAGCUCUGAGAGGCCGGAGCACCACAGGUAGAAUCUGUUUAACAGAGGCAAGAAAACAGCAUUUUAAGGUUUAGUGAAACUAGUUCAGCUACCUUGGAAAAGGACAACUUGUUGUUUUUCAUGUUUGCUGGCGCUGCGCGUGAACACACACACACACACACACACUCACACAUACUCAAAUGCACAUGCACGCAUUCACUUACGCAUGCACUCAGACAUGCACCCACACACAGGCGCUCACACGCACUUACACAUAUGCACACUCCCAUACUUACACACAUACACACCAGUACUCAUACAUACACAGACAAGUAUGUGCACGAACUCUCUGGGAGUUCUGAGUGGCAUGCUUCUGUUCGUCAGGACAGCAGCCUUGCCCCUAUCACGUCAGUCACCUCUCUCCAAGCUGAUUCUGAGUCCCUCACGCACCCCACCCUACUGAGACUACCAAGUCCACUGGCUCGCAGGCAUCACUGUAGGAGGCCAGGAGGGCAGAUGCUGGGGUCUCCCCAGGAAAUGCUCCUGACAGACACCCUUGGUGGUCUGCGGCCCCGGGACAGACAGGUGCCCCCCUGUGGGAAGGGAUCCUGCUGCGUGUGGCUGACUCAGCUGGGGAAGACUUCUACCCUGAGAGCCCCUCUCCACAGCAGCUUUCACAAGUCAGGAGGAAACAGGAGGUGAGGCCUUGGAGAAUUCUCUCCUUCCCAGUCCACGCCCCUCUGAAAGCAGUGAACAUGCUGGAGAAGCCAAUCUCGACACCCUGGUGGAACGCUGGUGAGCACCAGGAACAGUACGUUUGUGCUGUUACCAAACCCCAUCUGAACACGACAGCCCAGACUCCUGCUGCCUUCAGAACAUGGGCUCAGCGUGUCAGCCCCCUGCCCUUCAGCUUCCUCUGCUCUGUGUCCAUCCAUCAUCAAGGACUCCACGUGGAUAUUUGUGGAGCUGCCCCUGCGUGUGAUGAGUGAGGAAGGAGGCUGAAGGCCUGGCAUGAAUCUGCUAUGCCACACACCAAUGGCCAGGCCCAGGGUUGCACACUGAGCAUGUCACAUGAGCUGACACGCUCCAUCCUCUUAACAGCCUCAGGAGAUUUCCCUCAAGCUGAGGAAACCCAGGCGUGGGGAGAGGAAGCGAAUCUCCUGACCAGUGUCAUCAGCUUGUCACAGUUCAUCUGGUACUUGAAUUCCACCUAUCUGGCUGUGGCUGGAGUUCCUGACCACUGUGGGAUGCAGAUGCCUGGAAGCUGAGGGGUGCGGGGAGUUUCCACAUGCAUUUUAUACACUCACUGUUAUGGACUUGGCUCCCUGAGAUAGCAGGCCUGGGCUUCGAUGUGAGCAGACCACUCAAAAGCAAACCAGCUCCAAAGGGCCUGUGUGUGUAGUCAUCUGCGAGUGUCUGAGUCAGUCAGGCCAGGUGUCACAGACAACAUUCCCGUCUGACACUCCUGCUGUCAUGGGAUGUGGGACAUACUCUAGCCAGCUGUGCUUAGGUGAGGAGCCCAGCGGGGAUGAGCAGUUGAGGUGCCCACCCCCGUCUCCCACCAUGUCCCUGGUCUUGGAGGCUUGAGGCUUCAAGAGGUCACAGAGGUCAGGAAAGUAGAAGGAAAAGAUGAGAACACAACUGGGCCCUGCAAGGUGAGACAGUCUGACCUGGCCGCCAAGCUCACCGACUGACUGGCUGAGGCCGGUAGGGACGCCUGGCUGCUGGAGGGAGAAUAGCAGCAGAGCAGUACGAGGCUGGAGCUGGCGAGGAGGCACUGAGGGGCUGAGCCUGGGGCCCAGGGGCGCGGUGAGGGCAGAGGUCCGAGAGCCAGUCCGAAAGCGAGGUGGAGAGCUGAGAAAUUUGGCCUGAUACAGGCGCCACCUCAGAAAUGACUGCUUUUGGUGUUUAGGCCUGGUGAGUGGGGUGCACAUGAGUGGCCACAUGAGUGCCGGCUCAGGGCUGGGUGAGUAAUGACAGGCAGGUUUUGGAGGUAGGGAGAGGCCAGGGCAGGAAUGGAGAGCAGUGGCCAGACAGGCCACUGUGGCUCUGGGGGUGGAGUGCAGGUGGCAGGCAAGGCUGUGAAUGGUGAGGGAGGGGCCAUAGCAGGGGAGAGGCCCCCUGGGAAGUGGGUCAUGAACCCUGACCUCAGGCAGAACAUGGAGGCUUCUUGAAGUAGCGCCUCAGGACAUGGUGUGAGCAUGGAGUGCUCUGUGUGUGCCGGGGUCACAGGGACCUAGAGAAGGCGGCUGGCUGGGCCUCUGGACCGUCCCCUCCUCCUCUCCCGUAUCCCCAUGGAGCCACUGUUGCCUUGGUGAGCUUGAAGCUUUGUGUUUCAGACCUGCUUCUGGCGAGAGGGUUCUGGGGAUUUCCCCUGUGUCAGGCUAGGUACCUCUGUCAUCAAGAAGGUUACAGCAAGCCAUCUCUGGGAGGGAGGCCACUGUCUCAGAACUUGGAGCACUACUUCCACUACCCUGACAACACAGGCUCCAAAGCCUCUGCCCCAGGUUCCGACGUAGGACAGAGGCAUGAGAAGAGCAGUGGGGACUGGAGCCCUCGGGCCUGGUCACAGGUUCUGGAAGGUCCUGCAGAGCAGUGCCCACCUGGGAACGGGAGACUCUUGGACACUUCGUCAGGACAAGAGGGCCCCUGCUCCACAGGAGGAAGCGCCUUCCCUAAUCGCUCAGUAGCUAGAACGGAUAGGAACACCUGACGUGCUGUCCAUGGGGUUACAUCACCAGGAGGGCUGCCACUGGCAAGCCAUGUUGAGGGCCGCCCCCAAGUGCCCAAUGGGCACACGGAGGCCAGGGACCAGAAGGGCCCUGAGGGCAGCCACUACCCAGUCCUUGGGGCACAACGUUCCAGGCCUACUGCCCCCAUGCUGCUGAUCAAUAGCCCGCAGGUGGGGGGACUCGGGGUAAAGGAAGCUGACCUUACCGCCGUGUGCUUACCUGGACCCCUGUGUACACCACCGACCCGGCUGGGGGGCAGUGUCCACUCAGACAAGCAAUUGUGGCUCCCACCACAGGGCUUCCUGGGCCACAUGUGCCCACCACCCUCCACCUUCUCCUUUCACACAUGCCCCUGAUCUCACGUGGACAACACAGCCACUCCAGCUUCAGAAACGUUCCACACUAUAGGGAAUGGAGACACCACAUUUGUGAAGUGACUAAGUCAGCGGCAUGCUGCUCUGAGGCUUCUGUGUACCCCAUACUGCCGCGGAACACGUCGGUGCCAAGACUGAAAACUGGACACAGAGCUCAGUCUGCGUCUGACGUCAAAACGGUCCUUCACUCAGCGUGUAAGGACAUGCACAGAGAGCUGACGGUGGCCAGGCAAGCGCGCAAAUGUGUGAAGAAAGCCCUGUGCAGGUGUAGUCCACGUGAGGGUUUCCAGAGAGUCAAGGUACUCCUCACUGACCUCACCUGGGUCGAGCGUUUACAGUCCAGGGCACAGGGGCCCUCCGGGCGCAGCAAAGCCCCACACACGUAGGGCCAUGGCUCUGCCUUCCUGUGUGCCUACCGUGAAGUCCUUGCUGCUCACAGAGAGCCAUGCUCAUGCUCAUGCUCACGCUCACGCGCAGUGAUGCCGGAGCCCUUCGUUAGGAGCCUGCAGAGCACAAGCAUCUCUCUGCUCACUUUAACCCCUGGCCCUGCUGGUCUAAGCGGAUAUGGCCUGACCCUCUUGAAGGCAGACACUAUUCUGUCUCUGGUCCUACAGACAGAUGUUUUCAAGGAGAAAAAAACUCUUGACUCAACUUCCCAUCUACAAGGAGGACAAGGAAGUAGCUGCAGGUUCUUGUGUGUCUCCACCAGGCUUUGCAAAGCAGCCAGGCCAUCACACGCGGGCUGUGUCCCCACAGAGCCCUCAGAGCUGUGCCAUCCCCUGGGAACCUGCGCCUGCGAUCUGGGAGGGCGAGGGUGUGCACACGUCUGCCCUCAGGCCACUCUUGUAAGUGAGGCCUCUCACUUCUUGAAACUGGCUGUAAACAGAGAGAGGGAGGGGCCGCAGCUGCCUGCCAAGCAAGGCAGAAACUCUGUGAGUAAUUUACUAGAAGAAAAACAAGCGUGGUCCCUGUAUUUGCUUGUGGCUGCUCGCACACACACGCGCACACGCACAAGCGCACUUACACAUGUACAGGAAACCCGGGCUGCAUGGUCACUGCUGAUAAGGCGCCUGUGGAGUUUCCAGAGAAACACACAACAGACCUUUCUGUGGCUGCCUUUGCUUCUCGAGUGAGUGGGAGCGCCGGCACAGAGAAUGUGGGGCACAUAGUGACGGGCACUGCACCAAGAGCUGCUCGACCCGGCACCAUGUGGGGCUGCGAUGUGUUCAAUGGGACGGUGGGCGGCACAGACCUGCCCCUGUGCCGGGACCUGCCACUGGCCCUGUGGGCACUCUCGCUGCUCUACCUGCUGGUGGGCCUCCCCCUGGGCCUAGGCUAUAAUGCAUUGCUGGUGCUCGCCAACCUGCACAGCCGGCGCAGCAUGAGCAUGCCCGACGUCUACUUCGUCAACAUGGCCGUUGCUGGGCUGGUCCUCGGUGCCCUGGCGCCUGCCUACCUGCUGGGGCCGACCCAUGCACGCUGGGCACUGUGGCGGCUGAGCAGUGAGGCCCAGGUUACGCUGCUGACCCUGUUCCAUGUGUCCGCCCUGGUGACCAUGUACUCCACUGCGCUGCUUAGCCUCGACUGCUACAUUGAGCGGGCACUACCGCGCACCUACAUGUCCAGCGUGUAUAACACGCGGCAUGUGUGUGGCUUCAUCUGGGGUGGUGCGCUGCUCACCAGCUUCUCCUCCCUGCUAUUCCACAUCUGCAGCCAUGUGUCCACACGGCUCGUCGAGUGUGCCGAGAUGCGAAGCACUGAGGCUGCCGAUGCCAUCAUGGUGCUUGUUGGCUACGUGGUGCCUGCCCUAGCUGCCCUCUAUGCGCUAGCGCUCAUUGCCCGGCUGCGUAAGGAGGACACGCCACUCAGCCAAGGCGAUGCAGGCAGGCUGGACCCCUCCACGCACUGGCUGCUGGGGGUCGCUGUGGGCACACAGCUUGGGCUCUGGACGCCAUACUACAUGACCCUCCUGGGGCAGGUGCUCGUGGCUGCGAGGGGGAAGCCCAUGGACGGGCACUACAUGGGGGUCCUGCCCCUCGCCAAGGACCUUGCCCGGCUCCUGGCCUUCUCCAGCAGCUCGGUGAUGCCCUUGCUCUUCCGACACAUGGACAAGAGCUUCCCCAGCAAGCUCCGCCGGCUGGCCAAGAGGCUACAGUGUGGACCACAGCACUGCGUCCAGGAGCAGGGUGGCGUGCAGCAGGUGGUGGCCUAGGCCCGGCACCCGAGUCCUAGCUGGUGCUGACCAAGCCGAAGCCUCACCCCUCCUGGCCUGAGGUCCUAGGACAUGGAGGUAAAUUAAGACUGUGAUUGGAACGCCACACUGGGUCACCUUGGGUGGCUCCUGCCCUCAGCCCCACAAAGACAGGCACUGAUGCCAACGGCACAGGCAGGUUUGCUUGAAGAUCUAUGUUUUCCCAAAAGGGGCCUGUCUGAGGCCAAGGCCAUGUUGCUCAGAGUGAUGGGCCUGAUAUGCAAAUAAGCUACCCUUGUGCUAGUGUCCACUCUCUAUGAGCUGUGCACACCCUCUGUACGUGACCCUGGGGCCCGCGCCUCCAGGAUGCACUUUUGUUCCAGCCUUUUCGAUGGGCGGCUUUCUAAAUGAAGUGACGACACCUAAGCCAGUAUUUAUGCCUUGCUUGUUCGUAUUGUUCAAAUACUUGACUCUUCCUCCUUUUUUUCCAUUGUUUUAUGAAAAGAUCUGCCUGCUAGGAAAAUUGUUAAGCAUUAAAAUGAAGGAGAUAAUACAGACACGCACACAUCAGGCUGGAGUGGGUGGUCUGCUAUGCUGCUUGCGCGGUGUGAUAAGCCUGGGACUAUGUAGGGGGAGCAGGGGGCCAGGCUCCUGGGAGUGUGCUUGUCACACAAGAUGGCACUGAAACAUUUCAGAACACAAGGAAAAACCAUCAGCUACAGCUGGCUUUUAGCAGUGUGACAAUUAAGCAGCAGCCAGAUCACUCCUCACACAUAAAUGGGCUAGAUGUCCCCUAACCUCUACUGCCCCCACAGGUAGUGUCAAUCCUUCUACGUUAGCCCCAACGUGUGCCUGGAACCAAAGGAUAGGAACACACUGGAGAGAAAAGGCUGCUGGUCGUGACAGCGGGUUACCUGGGCUGGCUGAAGGGGACCAGCAGCCCACGUUGUUGGGGCUUCUGUAGCAUACAUGCUGGGUAACCAAAGCCUGGCCACUUAAUAAGAGGCAGCUGCCUGGUCUAUACUGGCCUUCAGGUAAAUGCAGGUGAGGCUCACAAGAGGGAAGCCUGUCACACCCCACCACCUAGCAGAGCCUGUAUGCCCACAGCCUAAACACCACCAGACCAACAUCUACCCCCAGUCUGGGUCCUCUGACCUUACUCGACUUUAUAAACAUCUGUGUUAAACACGUGGACACAAAGGCCUCCUGUUCCCCAACCUGGUUCUUUAUGGUUAAGUUACACUUAAACCCACAACCCCUAAUCCCCAAUCCUGAAUCCCAGAAGGCUCUGAGGAUAAGGGUCACUCAUUCCUUCAGUGGCAAACCUAGCAGAGGGCACGCAGAGUCUGAGUUGGUCCUAAGCGCUUGUAGGAUCAAUACUGACGUGACUAUGGGGUACAGCUCAUACCAUGGAGGGGAGAGUCUACAACGUCCGACCUAUGCACCAUACUACUUUCUGACAAUCUGAAAAAUGUGGGCUCCUGAGGUCUAUGUCUGGCCCCAAGGACAACGGAGCAUGGCUCUUUGGUGUGACAGCCACUCCCAGUGGGAACCCAUUCCUGGGCCCUGGUCUCUGGGGAGUUUCAGCCCACGAGCCAGUGGUCAUUACUUUAUUACGUACGAAAUGCAUCCCUCCCAAUAUGACAGGCAAAGUCAGAGCCUGCCCGCUCUAUGAGAACCAUGAGGCAUGCUGGGCUGAGGGCCGAAGUCCACUCUGGCUUGACUGCUGGACGCUGUGGACAAGCUCUGUGAGAACGGUGGGUCACACUAGUCUGAGGGCCGAGGUCCACUCCGGCUCGGCUGCUGGACGCUGUGGACAAGCUCUGUGGGAACUGUGGGUCACGCUAGGCUGAGGGCCGAGGUCCACUCCGGCUCGGCUGCUGGAUGCUGUGGACAAUCUCUGUGAGAACCGUGGGUCACACUAGGCUGAGGGCCAAGAUCCGCUCUGGCCCAAUUGCUGGAAGCCGUGGUGCCUCCAGCAAGCCCUUGGUCCAGAGAGGUGAGUUUUCUGGAUGCUUUGGCUGUGGAAGGUGUGUGCACAAGGGGCAGUGUGGCCUCUCUUGCUACUCAGGAUGAGGGCUGCACCACGAUUUCCUUCCCAUCUUCCCAGCUGCAGCCUGUGUCCCUCUCCUCCUCCUCAUGCACAAGGAGCCUGACUCAGAGCAGGAGGGAAGCCGGCUCUUCAGAAAAAGAUUACGCAGCCAGAUGGCGGGGGCGUCCCAUUUUGGCAUCUCCCACUUGAGGACUCGUGUUUGCUGAGACGUGAUGGUGGUAAUCCCCCUGAUUGCAUUCCAGCCACAGUGCGCGAUAAGAGCCUCUGAGGCCCGAGCGGAUGGCCGCGUGACGGGUCUUUAAUUCUCCUCUCACAGAGAGGCCACGAGCCCAGGACGAUCUACAGAAGCGGGCUUAGUUGGGAAGCCAUCACUGCUCUUAGGGGAAAUAGGAUGGGGGAGCUGGGCUUCGUGGCUGUUCCAAAUAAAAAGGCCUUUCUCCUGCUCGCAUUUCCUGUCACUUUGUGCUCCAGAGAGACAGGGAGCUCCUGGAGGGCUGGGGUUCCUGGGAGCAGGACUAGGAGAGGCAGCAGCCCUUCCACAGCCUUGGAAUUCUUCCUACAAAACAGCUUCCCCAACAAACGAGGCUGCCUAACGUGGAAGUGAAUGGAGGGGCUGUGUGCCGGUGGCAACUGGGGCUAGGUGCUGGGCAGCAGGGCUCUCUCUGCCUUGGAUACAACGGACAGCUGCACAGUAACUUUCCUGUCUUCAUCUUCUGGUGCACCCAGAUCACCCAAGAGGGGCACAGCUGGCCACAGGCACACACACAGUUUGGGUAUGGCUCCAAACUGCUUCCCAAAGUGGCUGCACCGUGGAUGCCCCACCAGCAGGUGUCCUCACACAUCCUCCCCAGUCCUCACAAAUGGAAACAUAGUUCAAAUUUUUUGCCAAUCUAGUAGGAGGGCUGAGGUGUCCCCCAAUUAUAAUGAGGUUGGGGCUCUUUUCGCGUAUUUACUGGCCAUUUGGACUUCCUCUUAACGAAAUGCCUCUUCAGGUGUUUGUCCAUUUUUCUAAAUGAUUUGAGGUUGCUCUGGAUUUAUUCUGGAUACCAGCCCUCACUGUUGGCUCCUGACCUAACUUUACUCUCCUCGCUAUUCCCUUGGCAACUGAAGGACAAGUCCUAGCUACAUAACAGCGACAUCAGGAAGGUCUCUGGAAAGCUCCUAGAGAAGAGGCACCUCAGAAAGCAACCUACUCUUCCCGCUUUUGUCAACCACACAGCACAAACGGCAGCCUGAGGAUGGAACCAUCCCUUCAACACAGAGAAACAAGUAUUCCUAGAACUCUAUGCCUGAAGCAAAACACACGUAUGUACACACACACACACACGCAUCUACACAUGCACACACACGCACACGUGUACACACAACAGGUGUCAAUACAUGCAUACACACCUGUGCGCACAUGCAGACAGCUUUGCCCUUAUGAGGAGCAGAGUUCCUGGAAGUGCUCGCACAUGUGUCAGCCUCAGUGUAGGGACAUCUGAAGCUGCAUCCCAGAAAACGCCCAUGAGUCAUAGGGCAGGGCUCUGGACUCGGGCCAGCUGCCCCCUGCCCCUUGAAAAGGCUUUGUGUGUGCCAGGGACUCUGUGAAGGCAGCGAAGGGCAGCAGGAACCAAGACCAGAGAGAGUUUUUAGUUUCUGCUUUUCCUAACAAGAAGCAGGUGCUAACCUUCGAUGUUCUAGCUUGCUUGGUGCUGAGCGUUUAGCUGUAUCCUGCGUCUGACUUCACUUGACGUGAAGAUGCGGACUGCUGUCUCAGGUGACCAGCAUUCUUCUGCUGGUACGAGCGGCAUGGCGGUGGGGCUGUCAUGUACCAAGUGGCACCUUCUUUGCCUCUCUGUGCUUGUGUCCUUUGUAAAAUAGGGAGGAUGAUGUGGUAACUGCAGGGGCACCUGACAGGAUUAGGGGCUGCUCCGAGGGAAGCACGGAGCUCAGUAGCUGGCACCCAGAUCAUUUCACAGUGGGAAUCGCCCUCCUUGCAUUCACACUUAGGUCAUUACAAGACCCUAAUGAUGCAUGUACAGAGCCUGAGCUCCCAGUGAGGGACGCCCGGGACUAGGGUGUGUAGCAGAUGCUGGAGGUGGGGGUGCAUGCUGGGGGACUUCUGACCUUUAUGGAAUGAGUGGCUGAGGCUUGGUCUCUGUCACAGGAAGGCCCGUGGGGAGUGCUUACUUGGCAAGUCGUGUUCUCUCUCACACACACACACACGUGCUCCUGUGUCAGUGAGGAGAAAGUGCCAAGCACCAGAGGUGGCAUCUGUCGAGGCAGAGCCGCCCGCCUGGGUGAGGCCACCAACAUCCAGGCAGGUGGAAGCAUGGCACAUCAACUGGUUCAGGAUUCUGCAUGUGUGCACUCAGUGCCUAUAAUGACCCAAGAGGCAGGCGACGUCAACACUGGUCCUGCGCCAUCCCCAUGAGCAUCACUGUGCUCCACAGGGUUUUCACUGGCUGAGUUUUGGAAGUCGAUCGCUAGGCCUUUCUUCCUAGUCUGUCUUAGUCUGGAAGCUUGCUGAAACCUGUUCAGCGUCAUAGCAGCAUGCAAAUCGCCACUGACAGACGGGUGGUGGCUGCGUACAAGGUGUACCGGCUGGGAAUCGAACCCCAGUCCCCUGCAUGGAAGGCAAGAAUUCUACCACCACGCCAACCAAUGCCUGCUGAUAUGGAUUAGGCUUCUGCAAAACCUUUCAUUUCACUUAAAAAGGGGGAGUGUAAAAUGGUGCCACCAUCUGGCAGUUACUUACAACUAAACACACAAUCACUGUAUAUUCCAGCCCUUUGCUCCAAGGCAUUUGCUCAGGAAAAACUAAAAUGCGUGCUCACACACACAGACCUGGGCACAAAUCUUCAUACCAGCUUCAUUCAUAAGAACCCCAAACUGAGAACGAUCCAGCUGUUCAUCAACAGGUGACAGAUAAACCAUGUGUGGCCUGCCCAGCGGUGAACUUGGAUUUGGCAGUAAAAAGGAAGUCUGUCAUCAACAUACCAACACACGGCUGAGCUCCAGGACGUCAUGCUGGGCAGAAAGUAUCCAGACGCAAACAAGUAUGCACGGUGGGCCUCUAAGACAGACAUUCUGGGGCAAGAAGGCAAACCAGCAGGGCCAGGAGGCACAGGGAACUUUCUGGAAAGGCUUUCGUCUUGGUUGGCAGGGGUGUUUGUUACCAGGCAUGUACUCCUGUCAGGAUCACUGCCAGGACACGUGAGCCCCACGCAUCUCACACAAGUCAGUUCUGCCUGUAUGACCCUCAGCCCUGAGGCUGCCUGAGGGCACUCGCAGUGUCACUGUGGAGCCCAGGGACUAGAUGCAGGCUGGGCCACCUUCCCGGUCACACAGGCCAACCCAGCAGGCCUGCUCAGGAGCUCCACCCAGCGGCUGUCCGAGAGCCUGCAUGUCUUGGGGGGCCCAGCUUC